UACCUGCAAAACUAGCACUGGCAUCAUUGGCAUCAUGGCCACUCAGAAGCCGCUGAACUUUUACAUUUUCGGCAGUCCAGUGACGAUGUCACCAUCGCCGGACAUACAUGGUACUGGCUUCAGGGUCAACGGAAGUCCACACAGAUACAGUCGCUUUGAUACGCUUGAUGUUGAAGAGGUUUUCAAACAAUUGAAGUUGGAUGAUUGUGGCGGGGGCUCUGUCACAAUUCCUCACAAGGAAUCAAUAAAGAAGUACAUGGAUGAGUUGACGGAGUCGGCUCGAAUCAUCGGGGCCGUCAACACAGUGACAAAGAAGAAGGGGCAGUUUUUCGGAGACAACACUGAUUGGAUUGGAAUCAAGAAUCAGGUGGAAAUGCGAAUGGGACAACAAGGUCGUGGGGCAAGACUUUGUGGUUUGUUGUGUGGAGCGGGUGGCACUGCUCGUGCAGCAGCUUAUGCAUUGAAGCAGAUGGGUGCCACAAGGGUUCUCAUUUUCAACCGGACGGUAUUGCGUGCCCAAGAACUCGCUGCCGAGUUUGGUUUUGAGGCCUGCGACGAUCUUGGCGCAUUGACAUCGCUGGAUCACUUGCAUGUGGUGAUCAACACCCUGCCUGGCAGCUCUGAUUUUUUGCUGCCAGAUGCUGCAGCUUCCGUACUACGGAGGUGUCGGCCUGUCGUUCUGGAAGCUGCAUACAUUCCGAGAAGGACAGCUUUCUUGAGUCAAGCUUUGUCGGCAGGCUGCGAGGUUGUUGAAGGCAUCGAAAUGCUUUUUGAGCAAGGCUGUGCUCAGUGCGAGAUUUGGACAAACAAACCCGCUCCUCGUUCGGAGAUUGCAGAGGCAUUGCUGCAGGCUCUCUUUACCGCUGGUUCUGAACAUCCUGCCCAUGCCAAAAUGGUGCCCUAUUCCGACUUGCCAAAGUCUCUUGUUGCGGAGGCGCAGAGGAGACCUGGUGUUGGUGCAACGACUGUCUGCUGCACUCCGGUCAGAUAUCUUGGGAAACUCAGUGGUUGGAUUUGCGGCCACUAACUCUCGCGAGUAC